ACGUAAACAGGCGGAACAUCUGUGAGAGGCGUGCUAAAACAGUGAGCAGUGGUGAGGAGCUUUGGGGUUAAAGGUUUUAAGUCCUUAAGUAGUUGGUACUUUUGUAGUAAAAUGGCACGAGUUUUGGUUGGUGUGAAGCGCGUUAUAGAUUAUGCUGUUAAGAUUCGUGUGAAACCAGAUAAAACAGGCGUUGUUACAGAUGGAGUCAAACACUCCAUGAAUCCAUUUGAUGAAAUCGCCGUGGAGGAGGCGGUUCGAAUGAAAGAAAAAAAAUUAGCCUCAGAAAUAGUUGCUGUUUCUUGUGGACCAGCCCAAGCGCAAGAAACCUUGAGAACUGCUCUUGCGAUGGGAGUGGACCGUGGUAUCCACGUUGAAAUCUCAGGUCCUGAAUAUGAGACCCUGCAACCCAUUCAUGUGUCCCAGAUUCUUGCCAAAAUCGCAAAAGAUGAGAAAGCUGAUCUAGUUAUUGUUGGAAAACAGGCAAUUGAUGAUGACUCAAACCAGACAGCACAAAUGACAGCAGCUUUCUUGGACUGGCCACAGGGAACCUUCAUAUCCAAGAUUGAAAAGACAAAUGGUGAAUUGAAACUGACCAGAGAAAUUGAUGGUGGUCUUGAAAUGAUCAAAAUAAAGAUGCCAGCUGUCCUCAGUGCUGAUUUGAGGUUAAAUGAACCAAGAUACGCCACACUGCCAAACAUUAUGAAAGCAAAAAAGAAACCUAUUAAGAAAUUAUCACCAAAGGAUCUGGGCGUUGAUACUGCAGCACGAAUUGAGGUUGUGAGUGUGGAAGACCCACCAGUUAGACAGGCAGGUUCCAUCCUAGCUGAUGUUGAUGAAUUGGUCACAAAACUUAAGGAGGGAGGACAUGUCUAGGCUGUUUCAUUAUUAUUAUGUGAAUGAACCUGCAAUGCAAAUGUGGCAGUACUGUAGCAAUUACUGCAUUCUGCACAAUGUCAUUCUGUGUGUUUACAUUUAUGUUGAAAAUGCUUUUACAGUUAAAAUAUAGAAAAACAUGUUCAGUAAAGCUAAAUUUGGGGACAUUCUGUCCUUAAAAAAAGCUGGAACAUAUAAAAUCAGUAAGAAUUAAUAGAAAGUUCAUCAAAUACAGAAGUUGAUUUAGUCCUGUAGUUGAUGUGGUCUAAGUCAAAAGUUCUUUUUCUUUAGUUUUUCAUGUAUUAUUUGUUGUAUAGACACCAUAAAGUCAGUAUUUGUAGAAUGUUUCAGUCAUUGUACAAAAAUGUUGUGUAUAUAUUCUCUCCUACUUCUGUUCUGGUGUCAAAAAUGUAAUUUUGCUAUGAGUUGUGUAUUCAUAAGCACAGUGUAAAAGUAUCUUGUUUGCAUCUUAUCACUGUCCCUGUCAUCACCGAGGGAGGUGGCGCAGUGGUUAGCACACUGGACUCGUAUUCGGGAGGAUGAUGGUUCAGUCCCUUCUUCCGGCCAUCCUGAUUUAGGUUUUCUGUGAUUUCCAUAAAAUCGCUUCAGGCAAAU